AAGAAACGUCAGCAACCAAAUAAAAUCGUCCCAUUCUAAUACUAUUUUUGAAUAGCAAUUUGCAGAGUUUUAAAAUUAAUUACUCUUAGAAACAUACAAGAACUCUUUUAGAUUAGUAGUAGAUGGUACACAAUAGGUGGUGGACCAUCACGUCAUACAUGAGCAGAUUCAGCACUCCAUCCAUAGGAUUUAUAGUGUGAGUGUGUGACACUUGGGAGGAGGAAGAAAGAUAAAGAAAGCAAGAAUCUCUGUUUCAACUUCAAUGGCACUCUUGAAUGCUAUCUUCUCUGUUACUCAUUUUACUUCUUCUUCCGUCAUCAGCUGUCAGUCUCGUUUUCCCGCUCAAAUUUCACCUCCAGAUCUAUCGCCUGUUUGCUUCAGUGAUCGUCGUCACAAGUUCGUCCAAGGUGUAACGCCUCUAUCAACGAGGAGCACAAGAAACCGCGUAUAUGCUUCAAUUAACAAAACUGAUGCCACUACUCCAUCUUAUCUGAAAUUGGAAGAUGAUGAUGAGGAGGAGGACUUGGUUCCAAAGCCAAUGGUUUUGAUAGACCAGGAUGCUGACCCUGAAGCUACUAUUGUUCAACUCAGUUUUGGUGAUCGUCUCGGGGCUCUCAUCGACACAAUGAAGGCACUGAAAGAUUUGGGAUUGGAUGUAAUAAAAGGAACUGUCACAACUGAAGGAUCCGUUAAGCAGACUAGAUUUUCUAUUACAAAACAAGACACUGGUCGGAAAGUGGAAGAUCCUGACUCGUUGGAGCAAAUUCGGUUAACAAUCAUCAACAAUCUCUUAAAAUACCAUCCGGAAUGCAGUGAGCAACUUGCAAUGGGUGAGACUUUUGGAAUAAAGGCUCCUGAAAAGAAGAUUGAUGUCGACAUCGGGACUCACAUACAUGUGAAAGAAGAUGGACCAAAGAGGAGCCUGCUAUGCAUAGAGACAGCAGACAGGCCAGGUCUGGUCGUGGAGAUGAUAGAAAUGAUGGCAGAUAUCAACAUAGAAGUGGAAUCCGCAGAGAUAGACACUGAAGGUCUGGUUGCGAAAGACAAAUUUCACGUAAGCUACCAAGGGCAAGCGCUAAACAGUUCCUUGUCAGAGGUGUUGGUGAACUGUCUGCGUUACUUCCUGAGAAGGCCUGAAACUGACAUCGACAGCUAUUGAAAAAAACUGCUCUUUCUUCUUUUCGAAAUCUCGUCUGUUGUGAUCUAUCAAGUCUUGUGUAUUGAAUAUAAUGUGGAAACGCGUAAUAAUACCAUGCUAACUCUUUUCAGUCUGAUAA